GGCGUGAUCUCGGCUCACUGCAACCUCCAUCUCCCAGGUUCAAGUGAUUCUCCUGCCUCAGCCUCCCGAGUAGCUGGGAUUACAGCUUGGAAAUUACCGCUACACCUGAAGCCUGCAGGUGCUGAGGCCACAUUCUCUCAGACCCAAGCUUCGGGAGGCCCCUGGGGAAAUUUCCCACUUUGUGUCCUGAGACCAGGAAGUCAGCAGAGAAACUCUGUGGGAAAUGAACUGAAGGAUGCCACCCAGGGAGAGCAUCGUCUGAGAUCCCAUCAUGCAGGCCUUUCCACAAGUGCCUGGCAGCAUGACAAGGUGAAGGCAGAGUAUGUGCGUCUCAACCACCCACUCACCCUUGUGAGCAGAGAGCGCGCUUUGGCUGUGAAGGAGAAACACCAGCUCCAAGCCAAGCUGGAGAACCUGGAACAGGUCCUGAAGCAUAUGCGAGAGGCGGCUGAACGUCGGCAGCAGCUGGAGUUGGAGCAUGAGCAGGCCCUGGCUGUUCUCAGCGCCAAGCAGCAGGAAAUUGACCUUCUGCAGAAGGCUCAGGUUGAGGCCAAGAAGGAGCAUGAGGGCGCCGUGCGGCUGCUAGAGAACACCCUGGACAGCAUGCAGUCCAAGGUUCGAGAGCUGGAAGAGAAAUGCCGGACUCAGAGUGAGCAGUUCCACCUACUGUCCCGGGACCUGGAGAAGCUCCGGCAGCACGCUGGGAAGGUCGACCUGCUGGGUGGCAGCACGGUGGCCCCCCUGGACGUCUCCACGGCCCCCGGCAAGGCUUUCCCGCAGUUCAUGAAUGGCCUAGCCACCUCCCUCGGCAAAGGUCAGGAGAGCGCGAUCGGAAGCGGCAGUGCGAUCCGUGAAUAUAUCCGGCCCCUUCCACAGCCUGGUGACAGGCCGGAGCCUCUGUCUGCCAAGCCCACCUUCCUGUCCAGAUCCGGUAGCCCAAGAUGCAGAUCUGAGUCCGACAUGGAGAAUGAACGGAAUUCCAAUACCUCAAAGCAGAGAUACUCGGGGAAGGUCCACCUCUGUGUCGCCCGCUAUAGCUACAACCCCUUCGAUGGACCAAAUGAGAACCCGGAAGCUGAGCUGCCCCUCACAGCGGGAAAAUACCUCUACGUCUAUGGAGACAUGGAUGAGGAUGGGUUCUAUGAAGGAGAGCUCCUGGAUGGCCAGAGGGGCCUGGUGCCCUCCAACUUUGUGGACUUUGUGCAGGACAACGAGUCUCGGUUGGCAAGCACGCUGGGGAGCGAGCAGGACCAGAACUUCAUCAACCAUUCCGGCAUCAGCCUGCAGGGAGAGCACAUCCUGGACCUCCACUCCCCGACCCACGUGGAUGCAGGCAUCACUGACAACGGCGCUGGGACGCUGGAUGUGAACAUUGACGACAUAGGAGAAGACAUCGUGCCUUACCCCAGAAAAAUCACCCUCAUCAAACAACUCGCCAAAAGUGUCAUUGUGGGCUGGGAGCCCCCAGCGGUGCCACCGGGAUGGGGAACCGUGAGCAGCUACAACGUCCUGGUGGACAAGGAGAUGCGCAUGAGCCUCACGCUGGGGAGCAGAACUAAGGCCCUCAUCGAGAAGCUCAACAUGGCGGCCUGCACCUACCGGAUCUCCGUGCAGUGCGUCACCAGCAGGGGCAGCUCGGACGAGCUGCAGUGCACGCUGCUGGUGGGCAAGGACGUGGUGGUGGCCCCGUCCCACCUGCGGGUGGACAACAUCACGCAGAUCUCCGCCCAGCUCUCCUGGCUGCCCACCAACAGCAACUACAGCCACGUCAUCUUCCUCAACGAGGAGGAGUUCGACAUCGUCAAGGCCGCCAGGUACAAGUACCAGUUCUUCAACCUGAGGCCAAACAUGGCCUACAAGGUGAAGGUUCUGGCCAAGCCCCACCAGAUGCCGUGGCAGCUCCCGCUGGAGCAGAGGGAGAAGAAGGAGGCCUUCGUGGAGUUCUCCACGUUGCCUGCAGGACCCCCAGCACCCCCACAAGAUGUCACUGUCCAGGCUGGGGCGACCCCAGCCACCAUCCGGGUCUCCUGGAAACCACCCGUGCUGACACCCACCGGGCUGUCCAACGGGGCAAACGUUACCGGCUACGGCGUGUAUGCCAAAGGGCAGAGGGUGGCUGAAGUCAUCUUCCCCACGGCAGACAGCACAGCCGUGGAGCUUGUGCGACUGCGGAGCUUGGAGGCCAAGGGCGUGACCGUGCGGACAUUCUCUGCCCAAGGCGAGUCCAUGGACUCCGCUGUCGCCACCGUUCCCCCCGAGCUCCUGGUGCCUCCUACCCCCCACCCGAGAUCUGCACCCCUGUCGAAGCCAUUAGCAAGUGCUGGAGUCCCUGAUACCAAAGACGAGCACCUGGGUCCCCACGCCAGGAUGGACGAGGCCUGGGAGCAGAGCCGCGCACCCGGCCCUGUGCAUGGGCACAUGCUGGAGCCACCCGUGGGCCCCGGAAGGCGGUCACCCUCACCCAGCCGCAUCCUGCCGCAGCCACAGGGCACCCCUGUGUCCACCACGGUCGCCAAGGCCAUGGCCCGGGAGGCCGCACAGAGGGUGGCCGAGAGCAGCAGGUUAGAGAAAAGGAGCGUCUUCCUAGAGAGAAGCAGCGCAGGCCAGUAUGCUGCCUCGGACGAGGAGGACACCUGUGACUCCCCUGGCUUCAAGAGGAGGGGCGCCUCGGUGGACGACUUCCUGAAAGGCUCUGAACUCGGGAAGCAGCCCCACUGUUGCCAUGGAGACGAGUACCACACAGAGAGCAGCCGGGGGUCUGACCUCUCAGACAUCAUGGAGGAGGACGAGGAGGAGCUGUAUUCCGAAAUGCAGCUGGAAGAUGGGGGAAGGAGGCGGCCCAGCGGCACGUCCCACAGGGCCCUCAAGGAGUGCACUGAGCAUAGGACCUCUGAAGGCGCUUUCUGGGAGCAGCCCGAGUUUCCCCACCAGCCCCAGCACAGGAAGAGACUUUUCAGUAUCCCCGAAGUAGCGGAAGAGGACGGGGAAUGCUGCGGGCUGCUGCACAAGCAGGGUGUGGGGCCGGCCCCCAGGGCCAGGACCGGGCUGGCCAGAGAGCGUAGACCCAACCGGCCCUACCGGGGCGACGAGGGCCCUCGGGGUUCCUGGUUCCCGGUGAAGCACAGGGGCUUGGGGGCCGUCCCCCACGUGGAGGACUUCCUUCUGGAAGACAGGGGCUGUCGGUUCAGCCGCUCGGCCACCCGGAGCCCGGACAGCGGCCUGGACUGUGGCAGUGAAGAGGAGGAAUCGAGGUUUGGUUUUGGAAACGCCGUGGCUAUGUGCAGCCCUGGCCCCAGCCACUGUCCCUGCAGGAGGGCCCUGAGGCCGCUGCUGGCCCGGCGGCGGACGCUGACCCGGCAGAACAGCGUUGAGGAGGACUUUGGGGAGCAGGUGGGCCUUGGUGGCGUCCUCAGGAGCAACGACUCCCAGCCCAGCCCGGAGAGGCUGCUCCCCAGGAAGCACAGCUGGGGCGAGCCCACCGAGCACCAAGAUUUUCGGGGUGUCUGGAAGAAAAGCAUAACCAUGCCCGACAGUAGGGCAGCUGCCCAACACGCACAACCACCUCCCAGAGUCGUACAAGGUCCCCCGAUUUUAGGGAACCCAGCCUCUGCAGGACGGGCGGAUCACAUGGGCCGGAGGUUUCCCCGCGGCAGCACUGGUCCCCAGAGGUCGAGGCCCGUCACGGUCCCGUCUAUCGACGAGUACGGGCGGGACCGCCUUUCUCCAGACUUCUACGAGGAGUCGGAAACUGACCCCGGUGCGGAGGAGCUCCCGGCCCGGAUCUUUGUGGCUCUAUUUGACUACGACCCGCUCACCAUGUCCCCAAAUCCAGAUGCCGCAGAGGAGGAGCUUCCCUUUAAGGAAGGCCAGAUCAUCAAGGUUUAUGGCGAUAAAGAUGCCGAUGGAUUCUACCGUGGGGAAACCUGUGCCCGGCUUGGCCUUAUUCCUUGUAACAUGGUCUCUGAAAUACAAGCAGAUGAUGAGGAGAUGAUGGAUCAGCUUUUCAGACAGGGUUUCCUCCCUCUGAACACACCUGUGGAGAAAAUAGAGAGAAGCAGAAGAAGUGGCAGGCAUCAUUCAGUAUCAACUCGGAGAACGGUGGCCCUGUAUGACUAUGACCCCAGAGAAAGCUCGCCCAACGUGGAUGUUGAGGCUGAACUUACGUUUUGCACAGGAGAUAUUAUUACGGUUUUUGGUGAAAUCGAUGAGGAUGGAUUUUAUUAUGGGGAGCUGAAUGGGCAGAAGGGCCUUGUGCCCUCAAACUUCUUGGAAGAAGUGCCUGACGAUGUAGAAGUCUAUCUUUCUGACGCUCCAUCCCACUACUCUCAAGACACACCCAUGCGCUCAAAGGCAAAAAGGAAGAAGAGUGUUCAUUUCACACCCUAAUCAGGCAAUGUAGCCUUCACGUAAGUGAGCAACUGAAGAUACCGAUAAAGAUACCAGCUUAAGCUACCUUAAACGGGCCAAUGUGGUAGACUUAAGGCUUCCUUGUGGGGUUAAAACAAUGAGAUAAAAAGAAAUAUGUCUCAAAAACUUAUUGGACCUAAAUAAUUAGAAUAUUACUUGGUCUCAGUUGUAAAGCAACUGAAUUUAUAGUGAAGCAAAACAUCUUUAAUAAGCAUUUCCUACUAUUUGCAUUAAGAAUAUUUGAAAGGCCAACAUUGGGAACAUAUUUCUUAACCAGCUAACUGUGUGUUUACAUAGAGAGCUGCAUAUUGCAUUGUUAGCCACUUUUGGAAAAAGCACAACCUAACAAACAUGUUUACUAUAGGAAGUUCUCCUUUAAAAACCUUAACCCGAGGUCAAGCAGAUAAGUAGCGAGCCCGGGUGACCGAGUGUUGGCUCUGAACCUCCAAAUGCUGGCUCAAACUGCCAGAGCAUGUUUUCCUUAAGUAACCAUGCCUCUACCUUACGAGAGAGCUCUGCUCCUCCUCAAAGCAUAGCCAUUCUGAGACGCUGGUGAAGGACGGGUUUGCUGCUGGUGUACCAAUGCAAUACUAAGUUUAUGAAGCAUGCGGCUCACGUGAUGCAUUAGAUGGAACAGAUGGUAUCUUCAGGUGUACUUUGGGAUGCUUUUCUAGGUGUUUUUCAUUAGAAUUCGACCUUGAUUUUAAAUCCAAGCAAGCUUGAAGCCCCUUGGCUUAUAGCAUUUGCCUGCUGAAUACUGAACACUCACACGGCAAGAGCUGCUCUGGAGAGGUGGGGCCAGAGGAAUGACGGUGCUCUGUCAACUCAGGCACAUACUUAGCUGUAAAGGGAAGUGAGGCAAAGUCGUCCUGCAGUGUCUACCCCUCUGAAGCACGAUUAAGCACUUAACGUAUACUGAAAUACUACCAUGCUAUCUACUGAGGAAAGCUCAUGUUCAAUUAUUUGGAAAUAACGAAAGCAUCCACUAAGGGCCUUUAAGCUUUCUUUGAUUGUAAUUAAGGUUCAUUUUAGUUUUUUUCUUUUUUUUUCUUUCAACCAGUGUGCCAUCUCCAAUAUUUCUAUAGUAUACUAACCAACCCAGGAAUGCACUUUAACAAUAUCAGGAUUUUAUAUAACCAAAUAGUUUCAGAUACAACAAAAUUCCCCUUAAGAACUCUUGCUUUUAAGACUACUGAUGGGUACUCGGCCAACUUUACUAUCAACCUAAUUCGAAAUCAUGUUUCCCCUGCCCUCAGUCUUCAUUUAUGAAGUGAAUUCUUACCUGCCUUAGCUUUGCCAAAGCAGCGGCCACCCCGCAAUCCCUUGACACAGAGACACAGACCCCUCACUUUCAUGUCUGGGUCCUCUCUCUGGCAUGCUGUGGGGGAGGACCUUUGCUUCUCGUGGCACAGUUUGACAACCAAAAGAACAAAUGAACCCCCUUGACCUUGCCUGGUGGGAAAUGGGGACAGUGCGAUGUUACCAAGUGAAUUCUGUUGUUGGCGCUCACACACUCAAUAAACUGUAACACUGUACCUACUAGGUUCCUCCUGAGGGUUCAGGUACAGCAAGGAGAGCUCCAUCCCCCACAGUCCAUCUCCAUUCGGGGUCACCUACGUCAUCUAUGGGUUCUGGUAGUCCUGGGAGAGGCAGGGAAAUGUCCUCGAAAAAGAAAAAGGGGCUGCUUUCCAAAGGCAAGAAACUGCUGAAAAAGCUGGGUGCAGUGAAAUGAUUCAUGUGCUUCCGGACAACUUCCAAAUCUAUGUAAUUUUCUUUAAUUCCAAACUAGGGCUUUCAUGACUCAAGUACUUCCUAAAAAAACCCAAUCUUCUCCCCUGACACCAGUAGAGAAAUGCACUUUUGCACUACCAUCCACUUUAUACCAACCGCGAGAACAAAAGAGGAGCGGUUGCCCUCUGUCACCGCUGGCAGUCUGCUUUCAUUGUCCAAGCUCUGAUUUGGGAAGUGGGAGGGGAUGUCUUAUUAACAAACAGGGGGGCGCAUAGCUAUCACCUGUAGCUCCCUCCCUGCCUGUAAUUCCAGUCUUUGUGCAUUUGUCAUCCGCCCUUCAAGGAAUGAUUUUCAACCUUUCUCCCUUCUCAAAAUGCUUGCCUCAUAAUGCAUAACUUUCACUUUGACUCUGGUCUUGAAAUUCCUAGUUUAAUUCGCCUUGGUGUUCUGCCUUAUAAAUGCACAAUGAUUUGUACUGUCUAAUAAAAAUACAGUGUAUACUUUGUACGUGUCGUGCAUUCAGUGGUCUUCAUCCUCACUGACACAGUGGUUCGAAAUCAAGUUGUACAGGCUGUGCAUUUUAAGAUACUAGUUUUAGUCUUUCAAAGUGAGCCAGGCCACACACAGAAAAUGUUGACUCAAUCAUUCAAAGGAGAGAAGGAGACAAAGUCACUUUGGUAGCAGCAGUACUCCAACCUUCCAGAAGGCCGAUAAUCUCCAUUGCUUUCAAUGUGCUAUUUUGUGGCAUAUGAUUUUCUGUUACUUUUGUUGUCAGAAUGCCAUGCCCAAAUAGACACCAAUGAAUGGCACACACGUAAUUCACAUAAUGCAUAAGCCACACCAGAAACAUACUAAAUUUAAAUCUGCUCCAAAUGAUUCUAUACCCAUCUUCAUCAUUGGCAUUGGAACAAAAGACUUACAAAGUUGCUGGCAGAUGUAUUUGAUGGUUACUAUUUUGUAAUUUUGUCCACUUGUAAAUUGUUUUUAUACAUACUUUCCAGACUGCCUUUCUUUUGUAAUUUAUGGACGGUUUAUAAAUGAAUGACAAAGCUUUCCCCACUGUGUCUUCAAAAAAUAUAUUAUAAAUUGUAAUAUAAUAGUAUGUGGUAGCUUUAUUAAAAGGAAAUCAAUGUGUGGUUAAGCUCUGUGUGGGUGUGUGCAUGUGUACAGUUAGUGUAAAAUAUUUUCUAAAAAUAAAAUUUGUUAUUUUAUACAA